AUUCACCUCUGAUUAUUCAUCAGUGUUCUCAUGAGUCUGAAGAACUAAAUGAGAGGUUUAAUUAAUAAUUAUAUUAAUAAUUAAUUAUAAUAAUUGAGUUUUAUAACCUGAGGAGCAGAAAAUCUUUGGACAAGCCAGAAUUAUUGACCUUAUUUUCCCUGGAAGUGUUUAUGUGCACUCUACUGUCUCUGACCCCGCCCACAUUCCCUGCUGACCUCCCCGCCUGUGUGUGUGUGUGUGUGUGUGUGUGUGUGUGUGUGUGUGUGUGUGUGUGUGUGUGUGUGUGUGUGUGUGUUCUGACCCCGCCUCCUGAUGGUCAACAAAGCUAAUAGUGACAUCAUCAGCACCAUAUAAGAGGCGAGCGGUGAGGUUUGCCUGUAAACCUGCCUGAAGCGACUGGACAGCAUGCUGCUCUGCCACCCCCACCCUGAGUCCUACCUGCAGACCCCCAGCACCAGAGAUGCUUUGGCUCCUUUCCUGAAGAAAGAAGAAGCUCAGCUUCUGUCUGAAAACGGCGCCAAACUGACGCCGUUUCUGUGCGUUCUGCGUGCCGCCACAUCCCCGGCUGUCAGGCAGCAGGACGAGACCCUGACCUACCUGAACCAAGGUCAGUCCUACGRAAUCCGCAUGCUAAACAGAAAACUAGUGGAGUUUUCAGAUAUAAGCAGCAGAUAUGUGAAGAGCAUCGUGCGCGUGGUGUUCCAUGACCGCCGGCUGCAGUACAUGGAGAGCCAGCAGCUGGAGGGGUGGAGGUGGAACCGACCUGGAGACCGGAUCCUGGACUUAGACAUCCCGCUCUCAGUGGGGAUCUUGGAGCCUCAUGUAGACCAUCUGCACCUCAACACCAUCGAGUUUCUCUGGGAUCCUCAGAAGAACGCUUCUGUCUUCAUCCAGGUGAACUGCAUCAGUACCGAGUUCACCCGCAGGAAGCACGGCGGAGAGAAGGGGGUCCCCUUUAGGAUCCAGGUGGACUCCUUCACCCCCAACAACCACGGGGAGUACAUUGAGCAUGUCCACUCCUCCAGCUGCCAGGUCAAGGUCUUCAAGCCCRAAGGUGCGGAUCGUAAACUGAAGACGGACAGGGAGAAGAUGGAGAAGAAGAGUCCUCCGGACCAAGAGAAGUACCAGCCGUCACAUGAGACCACCCUACUCAAAGAGUGCUCCCCAUGGCCCGAUGCCCUGAACCUGACCAACCACAGCGGCACCAGCACUCCAUCACCUGUCUACCACAGCUCACCUACWCCCUGCAGCUUCCCUGAUGGCAACUGUUCUCCACACCAGCAGGGGGAGCUGUUUUUGCCCGGCUGCUCUGACCGCCUCCUGCCGUCGUCCUCGCCGCAGGACACUCAGCAGUGGCUGCACCGUCACAGGUUCACGCCUUUCUCAAGGCUCUUCUCCAGCUUCUCAGGAGCUGAUCUCCUGAGGAUGAGCAGAGAUGAUCUGAUCCAGAUCUGUGGUCCGGCUGAUGGGAUCCGUCUCUUCAACGCCAUGAGGAGAAGGUCCAUCCAGCCCUGCCUGACCAUCUACGUGUGUCAGCAGCAGAGCAGACAUCCAACCAAUGCCAAACCAGGAGGAGAUGUUUACCACGCUCUGUAUCUGGAGGAGCGGACUCUGACAGACUUGUCUGAGAAGAUCGCCGUCUUCUACAACAUCACUGCACAGCAGAUCACACACAUCUACAGACAGAAGAGCAGCGGCAUCAACAUCUUAGUGUCUAACCAGAUGGUGCAGAACUUCAGGGAAGAAACAAGUUUCAUUAUCAGCACAAUAAGAGAUGAAAACACAGACGGAUACCAUAUAGUGUUAAAAUAACCAUCAGGAAGUGCGACAGGAGUGUACAGACUGUAAAUAAGUUUCUGAUCCAUUUGGAGUUAAUUUCUUGAAGUGAUUAAUGUUUGAUGUCUUCUGUAGUUUGUGUUAACUUCUUCACAUGUUGAUGUUUUUAUGAUAUAAAUGAAUAUUYGUGAAGUUAAAUGAACCUGAAGCCAUCAUGUGGACAAGAUGUAACGAGAGUUGAACAAAAACCUGUUUGUGUUGGAAACAGUUUACCUGCUGCGAUUUAAGUGCAUCUUACUCAGAAUAAAACGUUUUGUCUAAUUGUCCUUCACCAUAAGACAUCAUGAAAUAUUAUAAUAAAGUUUUAUUCUUUACUUGUAAAUCAGUCUGACACAGAUGGUGCAAAAAAUAAASUACAGCAUGUCUACAAAUAAAAACAGUUUUCAAUGAAAUAUGCCUGGAAAAAAAUAUUCUGCAAGUCACUGAACUCUGUGCAGAAAAGUCGGAUUUUACUUUGAAAAUAAGUUUAUUGUAAGAAAUGAAACUAGUAAAUGAUAAAAAAGAUCAUUAAUAAAAGGUUUAAUAGAUUAAUCACAUGAGUUUAAUCACUUCAGUGACGUCAUGGAUGAUUGACAGCAGCUCAGCCUGUCUCUGCUUGGUGUUGUAUCGUAAAAAGUACCCCCAUCAUGUGAAGUUCAGUUCACUUUAUUUCUGACUAACUGAAAAUAAAUCAAAUGUGGACUUGAUGUUUUAAAUACGCUUAAAGACACAAAUAAUGGUAUUAUUAUGGUAAAUGGUUCACGUCCUGUGGCCAUUUUUAAUUAAAUUGUAAUCGUUUAAUUACA